GAGAAAGAGUGGGUUAGGACUGAAUCAAAUCUCAUAGACACCCCAAAAGGAUCACGAAAUAUCUGUGACUUGAUAUUAUGUAUCUCUGUCUCUCUCGUCUACUUUCUCUCUCCCCCUCUGGUUUUCUCAAAUUCCUCUGCUACCAACCAUUUUGGAUUUCAUAGGCAUUUACUCUGUAUAUAUACCACCACCUCGUUCCCUUCAUACAUCUCUUGUGACUUUCAAGUUUGUUUGCUGUCAUGUUCCUUUCUCUCUUUAUUAUAGGCCUGUCAGAGAAGAAAUAAGCGUCUUGUUUUUAUCUUGGUCCUCCUGCAAUUAAUACACUUGCAGUCCCCUCCUUCAUUUUAACUGCGUUUAUUACCUCCAGAAGCAGACCUUCCUCCUCCUCCUCCUCCUUUGUUAUCUGUGUUAGUAAGAUUAAAAAAAAAAUAUAUGGCUUCUUCUUCCUCCUCACCAAAUUGGGUCAUGGAAAAUGGUGUUAUGCCCCACGUUUUAGCUGUUGAUGACAACCUCAUUGACCGCAAACUUGUUGAGAAGCUCCUCAAGAAUUCUUCUUGCAAAGUGACAACUGCCGAAAAUGGACCGAGGGCAUUGGAGUUUCUGGGACUGGCAAGUGAUGAAGAAGACACCUUGAAGGGCACUGGAUCCAAAGUGAAUAUGAUUAUCACAGACUACUGUAUGCCUGGGAUGACAGGAUAUGAGCUGCUUAAGAAAAUAAAGAAAUCAUCAAUCAUGAAGGAGGUUCCAGUGGUGAUCAUGUCAUCUGAGAACAUCCCAACAAGGGUGAACAAGUGCUUGGAGGAAGGUGCUCAGAUGUUCAUCCAAAAGCCCCUCAAGCAAUCUGAUGUAAAGAAGCUGACAUGUCAACUAACGAAUUGCAGAGGCUAGAGGACUUCCUUUUUGUUUUGUUCUUUUUUUUUUUUGUGUGUGUGUUUGUGUAAAUUUUGAAAAGGGGCCAUUUACCUUCACAUCAGGGUUCAAUCUUGUGGCUUAGCUGGUUUAGGUAGGAGAACGAAGAUCAUUGUUUUGAGGAUGUUGUCUUGUCUUCUUCGUUUCAUUUGGUACAUACCAGCUAAUUUUUCCUGGCACAUAUUUCGCCAUUUUUCAGUUCAUGAACUGUUUGGCGAUUUUUCAGGAAGUUAGAAUUAUCAUUGAAAAACAGAAUUAGAUCACACAAAACUCUUCUUGCUGGAGGAAAAAUGGGCGUUAUGACAGACGUUUCCACUUGAUGAAACUGAAAGGUAGGCAAAAACCAAAGGAUAUGGCAGAAUUACUGGAACCAGAAAUAUAUGUGUAUGUUGUUCGUAGAAGUUCCAAAUUGCACAUUAAAAAGAAGCCAUCAAGUAUAAACGAAACUCUUAUAUAUAUAUAUAUAUAUAUAUAUAGAUAUUGACAAUUGCAAAUACAAUUAUUCAAAACAAGCUCA